AAAUAAUGAUGAGAUGAUUAUGAAAUUAAUUUGUAAUAUAACUAUAUAGUCGACUGGGUUAAGGAUGUCCGAAAUACCAAACACACCGAAGAAACGAUUAAGAGAUAUCUCUAAUGUGUUGUUAACACCCAAGACAUCACCUUCAAAGAGAAUAAAGUCAAAUAACUUUAUUAAUAGCAUAAGACAAGAACAAGUAAAAUCCAAAAUUGAUUUUGGAGUUACAACUGUUCAAGCAUCAGCAUCACCACCAACUACUCCUACUAAACCCAAAAAGACAUCUAUAUAUUCACAAGCUAAAUCAUUAUUUCAAAGAGGUUCAUCAGAUACAAUAAUAUCACCUAAUGGAUUAAAUCUAAUUGGAAGAGAAAAGGAAGGAGAAUAUUUACAUGAUUUCUUUAUAAAUAAUUUAACUAGUGAUAAAUGUAAUAGUUUAUAUGUUAGUGGACCACCAGGAACUGGUAAAACUGCUCAAUUACAAGUAACAUUUAAUAAUCUUUCAUCAUUAUAUAGUAAUCCAUUUAAUGAUAAAAAAUCCAAUAUAAUUAUUAAAGGUAAGAAAAUUAAAUUAAUUAAAAUAAAUUGUAUGGCAAUUAAUAAUCCAGAACAUAUUUAUCAUGAAAUAUAUAGUCAAAUUGUUGAUCAAUUAUCUAUAACAUUCAUAAAGAAGAAGUCAUAUGAAGAAUUUCAACAAUUAAUGAAUAAUUGUCAAUAUGAUUCUAUAGUAGUAGUACUUGAUGAAUUAGAUUCAUUAGUAACAAAAAAUCAACAUGUAUUAUUUGAAUUAUUUAGUAAUGCAUCACCUCAAAAUUCAAAUAAUAUGAAUACAAAAUUAAUUUUAGUAGGUAUAUCAAAUGCCUUAGAUUUAACUGAUAAAUUUUUACCACGAUUAAAGAGAAAUGGGUAUAAUCCAUUUACAUUACAAUUUUUACCUUAUACAUCAGAACAAAUUAAAUCGGUUAUAAUAUAUAAAUUAAAAAGUUUAUCUACAACCACCACCAUAACUGAUGAUAGUAUACCAUUAUUUAAUUCAUCAUCUAUUCAAUUAUGUUGUAAGAAAUCAGCAUCAAUCUCAGGAGAUUUACGUAAAUCAUUUGAUAUUUGUUAUAAAAGUAUAGAAUUAGUUGAACAAUCCAUUAUAAAAGCCGGAGAAUUAGAUAUAAAUAAUCUUACUAUUAAUAAUUGUCCAAAAGUUCUUAUAUCACAUAUUGCUAAAGUUUGUUCAAGUUCAUUUGGAGAUAAUUCUAAUACAAAAGUUAUUAAUUUAAAUCUUUUACAAAAGGCAGUAUUAUGUUGUUUAUUCAAUUAUCAAAUUGAAAAUUUAACCUGUAAUGAAUUACAUGUGAAUCAAUUUUAUGAUUAUUAUGUCAAACAUUCAUUACAAAAUGUUGAUAAAUUAAUUGGAAUGUUAAAGAAGGGAGAAUUUCUUGAUGUAAUUAAUGCAUUAGAAUCGAGUUCAGUAAUUGUAUUAUCUGAUAGUGUUAAGAAAUGCAAUGUAUUUAAUACUGAUAUAGGGAAUAAGACUAUUAAGCCUAAUAUUACGUAUCAAGUAUUAUUAAGGGGGAUAGGGGAUAUAGGAGUAUUGAAGACAAUUUUGUAUGGUAAGUGAGGGUAGUCCGAUAGUAUAGAAUAUAGAUAAUAUCAUAGAUAGUAUAGCAUAGAUAAAAUAUCACAGAUAGUAGUACAUAGUACAUAGUAUAGAUAAUAUAUCACAAAUAAUAUCACAUAACACAGACAGUAUACAUAGUACUCAUACUAUACAGUACUAAUAGUACUAAUACCAUAUAGUACAGUACAUACAUACAUACAUACAUACAUACAUACAUACAUACAUACAUACAUA